AAACAUACAUGACCAUUGCCUAUGAUUUCACGUUAAAAAAACAUGGCCGCCAUUUUUAUUUUCAUCACGACAUUUUACCAGCCACCAUCAGUACAGCGAUUUGCUACCACCACCGGACACUCGACCAGUGCCAAAUUGGUACUACCAAUUGAAGCUCAAGAUCCCAUGGCAAUGACUGCGGACGAUGUAUCGUCUCCAGCCGCGCGGCCGCUAGCCGAGGUGGUUCUCUAUGCCGAGUUUGACCUCACUAAGGGCAGCACACUGCGCGCCAGUUACCCAACCCCGUUCGCGCACUACUCUCCCGAGUUCUUCGCUGACAUCAUGCUGCCCGAGGGGGUGCACAACCGUGAGGAAGAUUUUACGAUUUUCUUUCUCAAUCGCCAGAACGCGCACAAGCACAGUGAUACUGAAGAACAAGAAUCCAAUGAGAGUCAAAAGCAAACUGCAGAUGAGGACCAGGAUCCCCUGCAGAGCUUCAUGUACUGCCUUAGUGUGGUCCGCACCACGCACGAUACAGCGGCCCGCCGCGGCGCCAAAGUGACGGCUGUGGCUUUGUGCUCAACCCACAAGAGCUGCUUCGCUCUAAACGACGUGCUCAAUCUGGCAGUGCUCAAAAUCGUAGGCUCCAAGAGUGAAGAGGAGAGUGAGAACGUGCUAAAGGAGCUCUUCGCCGUGGCUAAUGCCGUCGACAUCUCGGGGGUGCGAGGCUUGUCCAACAUGGAGAGACGACUCAUGAAACGCACUAUUAGCAGUACCGGACGAGCUUCUGCCAAUUGGGAAGACGCUCAGACACUGGAGAAGGCGCUGUUCUUCAGAACUCAAGCAAUGUGGGAAGAUAUUCCGAUCCCGUUGCAGUUCAAGAUCUGCAGUACUGAUGACCAACAUGAUGACGGAACACUGACACAAUUGCUACAGACUUUCGGAGACCAGACAAUGGUCCUGUUUAAUGCUGUGCUGACUGGCCAACGCGUGAUCAUGUUGGGAUAUAACCGUCCGGCUGGGGAAGUGUGCAACUUUGUACUUGCAACGAGUUCGCUGGUUUGUCCACCGCUGUUUGGGCUGAUUCACCGUCAAUACCCGUACGCAAACCUUACGGACUUGGGUUUUCUAUCAACGCCCGGGUACAUUGCUGGUGUGACGAAUCCGAUGUUCAAGACCAAGCGAGAAUGGUGGGAUGUGUUGUGUGAUAUCUCUACAGGUGAAGUGUUCGUGUCAGCGCCAGUUGAAAAAGAGGAUCAUGAUGCAUCGGAUCGUAACUUCGUACUGGAGGUGUUGGAUGGAGUGGCAGCAGGAUACGAUGAGGAGUGGGUACGAUGCAUGUUCGAGGAGUACAUGCUCAAAAACAUCGUGGACAUUGCGCUGGGUGAGGCAAAUUAUCUCAGUCCUGACGCUCUGGCCAAGCGCUCAGCAGUCAACAACAAGCGGAUCACAAAGUGGGCUCGUACUGACAGCUACAAGCGAUUCAUGGACUCUCCGCACCGCAUGCACUUCCACUCGCCGGCGUUCAAUAUAUCCUACUCAGAGAUUUCUUGUGUGUGCUUGCUCUCGUAGUAAGCACAUUUUGUAUACGGAUGAAUAUUUGUGUGCUGACAUGGUUUCCUUAACGUAAUGAGGCUUGUGUUGUGCUGUGUGGAUGUUUACAUAGAGAAAACUGGCGUGGACAUGAAGCGACACAUUCGCAGUCUUCAAGGCGAUAUGGUGGUACUGGAUGAUACGCUCGUGGAGAAAAUCUACUCGGAUUUCGCUACGCUAUUGAACACGGAGCUGGAGUUGCAGGAGUUCCUGAGCUUUUUGCCGGUGCUACGCGGUGGCUUGCAGACUAUUGCGCAGGGCAUCUUCCACCCGUCUAUCAGCGUCAAGCAUAACACGGUGGUGCUACUGAAGCGUCUGGAGCAGUUCCCGUCAACCGUUUCCAGUAUGCAGCGUCUUAACCCUUUUCUGCUCAUGUCGUAUCAGCGGAUCCACGACAUUGUCAACCCAACGAGAGACUAAGAGCACGAAGAGAUGGAAGGGUGGUCAUGACCGAAACAAUACUGUGUUUUAACCUUCUUAUUGCCUUCGUAUGGCCGUAGGUCUAAUGAAGUAAACGGUUUAAGGGGCCAAAAGCUUCGCAAACUCUUCGAAUCCUUCACCAAAAAGCUGGUCACCGCUCAUUGUAUCGCUGAGAUGAGGACUGGUACUGUCAUUAGUGAUGGGUUUGAGGUCUGGUUCGGCUAGUUCACAGAGCUGUUCGAAGAUAAUAUCACCGUGAUCAUAUUCCUCGG